AUGGAGCUGGGGCACGGGCCCUGCGGAGCGGCCGCCGCUGCUGCGGAAAUCAAAGGUGGAAGAGAAAAUCACAUUUGGUAUUUGAAAAUAUCAAAACUAGCAUUGGCUUUUGCAAUUAUCCACUCAAAACCACCAGGGAAGAGUUCCAAAGAAUACACAGAGUACCUUGCCAAAACUGUAUCCAAACAAGAUUUUGGAUGUAAAUGGAAGGUGGAAGUGCUGGAAGCUGAAGUUCUUCGAUUACGCCAGGAACUUCUUUUGAACAGGAUCUCUCCAAGAUUCUGCUUGGUAAAUAGAAAACAGGAUGCCUCUGCUGAAACUCUUCUGGGUCAGGAAUCUGUAAACCCUACAAAUUACUCAAGCCAGCUAGAAGAUUCUGGAUAUGAUGUCUGUAAUGACUCUGCAUUUGAUUCUUUAGGCAUAGCUUCAGAUUUUCACCAAUCUGAGCAUAAUGUCAACACUUCUAAACAUUGGUUAGAAAGAGUUCCCCCACUGAAUCUUUUCCAUACUAGCAAGGAGCAAUCUCUGACUGCUCCAGUGCAUUUUUUGCAAUGUUUGCUUGAAAUAAGAAAACUGUCAGAAGGAGGAAUUCUUCAAGCAGACUUCUCAGAGCUUGACAAUGAUUCUUUCACCAUAUGCAAUUCAGUGUCUCAGUUGCUUGAUGGACUGACUGUUUUUUACAACAGUCCUGAAUUUCCAUAUCCAAGUUUCCUCACUGAAGGAGUUUGUGUUUUGAUCAGUUUAAUAACUGACACUAAAUUAUCUGAUUAUGUUUUGAAGAAGUGUUUCAAGAAGAUGGAAGAAUUUAAGAAAAAUCUAAUUCAAAUUGUUUUAAGAAAUAGGAGUGUCAAUAGGUUUCAGGCACUGAAUUCUGUAUCAGAAAUGCUGGGUUUGCUAGGAAGGAACAACAUACUAAGAAAUUCUUUAAUAUUGCUUCUCCUAGCAGAAGUCCGUCAGUUUGCUGAGCAGUUAUUGCAGGCUUAUCAGGUCCAGUCUGUGUAUGACAUCACCCAGUAUGAGAAUAUGUUUCUUUUGUGCAUGAUUCUGGAGCAACUUCUUCAAAAUGAGACAGAAGAAAGUAACCAUUCAAACUCAGACUAUGGAGGAGAAGAAAGAAUCAAAUUUCUGAAGAACCUUGAUCAAAUUAUUCUUCAUCUCUCAGAUGAAUUCCCUUUGUUUUCUUUAUAUUUGUGGAGAGUGAGUGUUCUUUUGAACUCAGGUCAAAUGCAAAUUGAUUAA